UUGAUGAAGAAAUGUUCAAAUAUUUUUUUCUAAGUAUUUUAAAUAUAAAUAAACGAAAUUGAAAAUUAAAGUUGCAUCAAAGUCUAUAAUAAUACACACAUACUAAUAGUUCUUAAUAUAAAGAAAUCUUCAAAAGGGCACUUUUAUUCAAUUAUUCACGGAAAUGGAAAGGAAAAUUGCUGCUUCGUCUGUAAAAGGAGAAAUUGGCGGCGACAAGGAACUGGAAAUUGAUAAAUUGAAAAAGUUUAGGAAAAUCAAAAAGGUUGAUAAACCACAAAAUCUUCCCACAUCGUCAAAUUUAUCAUUUUCGUCUAUACCAAUAACGUCUUCACUAAAAGAAGAAAUUGUUGAAAUAUCUGAAUAUAAUUGCGUACAGUGCUCAGAAAAAUUUGAAUCCAAGGAAAUUUUUGACAUCCAUAUGUCUGGACAUGCCAACAAUAUGAAAUGUGCCAUAUGUAAUAUGGUUUUAAAAAGCUUAAAAAAUUAUGAAAAGCAUUGUCUCCGUUGUAGACCAUUUGAGUGUCAAAUUUGUGGUCGAGUUGUACGUUUUCGUCCAAAUUUUAUAAAGCAUAUGAGAGUGCAUGAGGGGCAAUUACAAUCAGAACGCCGUAAGUACCAGUGUGAAGUGUGUCUGAAGGAAUUUAUGAGUUUCGAAUAUUUUAAAAUUCAUAAAAAAAUUCAUAACGAUAAUAUUAACUUAACUUGCGGGAUAUGUGGCAAGGUCUUUAGUACACUUGCAACUUUAAAAGGACAUUCGGAGUUGCAUUCCGAUUCCGGAUCAAAACCUCAUAAAUGUAAUAUUUGCGGAAAAGUUUUUGGGCAACGUUAUAAUCUUAAAAUUCAUGCCCGUACCCAUACAGGCGAAAUUCCUUUUGGGUGUAAAUUUUGCAAUAAACGCUUUCACACUGAAUCAAGUCAGCAGGCUCAUUUGCUAACACAUCGGAAGCAGGAGAAAAAUGUAUCGAAAAUUAUUCCACCUGGUGACGGAAAUAAUAUGCAGGAGAGAGUUGCUGUACAUGAAUGACCUUUAUCGCUUUUCCAAAUUAAAGCAGAAGUAACACAAUCACAACUACUUAAAAAAAUACAACAAAAGCUAUCGCAAGCAUUCGCUCAACUUAAAAUCUCAUUUAACAGUGACAAUAUUGAUGAAAAUACUUAUUUUCCUUUUUUGCAAACUGAAUUACCAACGCUACGCAAGUUUUUUUUAAAGUUUAUGGUUAAAAUUGAUGUUUAGGUUCGAACGAGUAUUUAAUUAGAAAAAGAAUAACAAAUAAUGAUUUGCAGGAGCUGUAGUAUCCGUAAUCAUUUGCAAUAGUAUGAUCAUCGGUUGUGUUUAGAAAAGUAGCCAAACUCUUUCAUCAAAAAUAAAUAAAAUUAUUAUGUACAUUACAUCUGUUAGAAAAUCUUAAUUUUUUUAUAAGUUCAUUGCGUGACUGCUUUUUUUAACGUAACCAUCAUGGUACUCAAAAUGCAAAGAAUAUGUUUUAAAAUUUUUGCAAUUUAAUUGAAUAUGAACUUAUUACAUCUUACAAUAAUGCAGAAUCUUAUGUGAAAAAUUUUUUUUAAGAUGUGUUCCGAAAGCAGCUUUUAGAAAAAAAGUAGGUUUAAUUUAAUUAAUUGUUUUUUUACAUAGAUUUGUAACAAAAAUUAUACAUACAGAUAUCCAUAAUUUGUUUUGUUGAGAAUUUGAGUUUUUUUUAAAAGGGAUGUUUUUUUAGAACGAUAACAUAACGUAUCUUCUCGUUUAAGGGUUUUUUUUUUAAUUAAAUUAUGUAAAAGAUAAUAAAAUAAUUUUCUUUAUAAUGUUAUGGAAAAUUCCAAUACAAUUUUUCUAAGACUUGAAGUCAAUAUUUUUUAGUUAAAGUAAUAUUUUUAAGAUGCAUUAAUAAGUUUUUAGCAAUA